AUGACAGCGCCACAGCUCUUGUCGAUCGCUCCAUGGCUUCCAGAGAGGUCUCGUCCCGGGAGAUGUAGACUGGGCUUGCGGUAUGUGGUCGGAGUCGUCCUUUCCAUCCUUCUGCUGAUAUACAUGCUGGUCGUGGGUUUACUGCUGCUGCUGCUAUCCAUCCCGAGGUUCCUGCUGCGCCUUUUGCUGCAACCAGCUCUCGGCUACUUUGGGCACAUCGUGGAGUAUGCCUACACGCUGAGGAUAUGCAAGCUGCACGUGAAGCUCUCCCGCGCUGUUCAGAAGAAAUGGUUGAGGCGCCCUUACCAUAGCCGCUUCAGUGACAUCCGCACUCGCCUUUAUCCCUCUGAUGGAGGAGUAUGCCAUGUCCAUGCAGUUCCUUGCCUCACCGACAACUUCUGCUACGUUCUGGUGUCUGAGGGCCUUGGCGAAGCGAGGAGUCACAAUGGCCUCAGGCAAGGUUUGGCUGCAGUGGUGGUCGACCCUUGCGAUGCUGCUGCCGUAGAGGAGGCCCUCGAGCACAUUGCCGAGACCUUCUAUGCUGGCUAUGGUGGCCUUCGAUUGGAAGGGGUCUUGUGCACGCACAAGCAUUGGGACCAUGCUGGAGGCAACGAGGAGCUCGCUGCCCGGGCAUCGCAGACACAGAGCUGCACAGAUUCCGCCACGGAGUCUGAGUCCCAAGACGUGACCGCCCCGCAGCUAUUGCAUUUUGCCGAGAAGCUGAAAGUGUUCGGAGGGCUGGAAGACGAUGUUCCUGGCUGCACUGAUCCCGUGCAGCAUCUGGACUGCAUCGAGAUUGCCAACCUCAGCUUCCAGGCGAUCGGCGCCCCAGGCCACACGCAGGGGAGCGUGAUGUUUCGAUUGGCGUGCAAGGCCCAGCCUUCGGAGACGGACAUCGAGCGUCAGGAUGCCCUUUUCACCGGUGACACCCUCUUUUCUGGUGGGUGUGGUGCUAACUUCGAGGGCAGCGAGUUGGACAUGGAGCACUGCUUUGGCACCAUACUGGAGACCUGUGAACCGAGCUACAAGACGUGGCUCUUCCCAGGUCACGAAUACACGUGCAUGCUGAUGGAGAAUGCUGUGGUGGAGGCUUGCGACAAAGCGGCUUCGCGUCCUCCAGGGUAUUUCAUCGCUGUCUGCAGUGCCUUCUACACUGCGGCACACCGCCGCGCAUUGCGGGAUCGCCUCCCCACGGUUCCGGUGUUGCUGGACGGAGAGCAGAUGGUCAAUCCACGUUUCAAAGCAUUGCGGCGGCAUGCUCGGACGCUCCUGGCAGCUGCGAAGCAAGCAGGGGUGCAGGGCGAAGCGACUGACCUCUCCGUCGGCACUGCCAACCAGGUCCCAGCAUUUCCUCUGCCACAGUCUUCAGCGUCCAGCCACAAGAUCGCAACCGGCCAGGAGGGAGAAGGCACAUCGAGUCUCUUGGUGGAUGCCAGCGGCGCCCCCCCACCUCGGCAGCUGGCCGUGUUGUACCGGGCGGACCUGGAUGCUCUGAGGGCGGAGCUUUCGGCGGGUGUGCUGGCCGGCGCCGAGGCGGCCGAGCGGCUGAGGCAGCUGGAAAGGCGACCUUUCGAAGGGCUGCUCAGCGGCGAGGCUGAUUGCUUCGACGAUUCGGGCCUCAAGCCAGAGGAGGAGGAGGCCAUCAAACAGGAAGCAGCGUAUGGGCAGCCGCGGGAUCUUCCGACGGAUUUUCGAUCGAGCGAGGACACCGAGUGGAGCGAGGUGCCCGUGAAGGACGCGCUGAAAGCUUUGGCCGUACCCGCCCACCUCGCCGUGGGGCCAAAGGUGCCCUGCAAAGAGGAGGAGUUCGAGCGCGCUGCUGGCUGUGCUCCAACAUUCCGGAGAGAACCCCAGCAGCGAGGAGGAGGAACAGCGUGCGCAUUGCUGCGUUACAAUGCUGUGUUGCUGCCAGUCGGCACGAGGCAUCGUUGCCCGAAACGUGGGUGA